CUAAAAAAACAUUAAAAAUAAACCAAAAAAGGGAAAUCUGCAGAACAUUCUUCGUCUCGCUCUCGCUUUUCAAGCCCAACAACGGCGAAGAAGAAGAAGAAGAUUGUGUCUCCGAUUAAUAUUUGAAUUCCGAAGAAUUCUGAAACACUCUGUUUUCUGAUCAUCGUUGACGCUGAUCUCUGUUUCCUCCAUCACUGUUUCUGAUCGCAGAGGUGAAAAGGUUUUCGGCAUCAAAAUCGAAUUUUGUUUGCUCCAUCAUCACAAUGGGUAGAAUCACGAAACUGGGUUUUCUUCUUCUACCCAGAUAAGUAAAAGGGUAUCUUCUUUCUCAUUUAUUCCGACAAGUGCACAAACAACAACAACAUCGUAUCAAUCAUCGGACAAGUGCACAAGACAACAACAUUUGUGUCUGGUUGGUUCUCGUUCCAAUUAGAAGAAAAGGGGUAAAGGGUUGUUCCGUGUUUGUUUGAUGAAUUAUGUUCAAACAGAUAUUCAGUAAACUCCCUCGAAAGUCAUCGAAAGGUUCCGAACACGGUGGAAGUGGAAGGACACAUCAUGGUGUCACCACUUCUUCGAAGAGCAGUGAGUCUGUUAGUGUUACCCCAGGUGGCACCAAACCCGGGAAUUCUUCCUCUGCGGGACCGAAUCAUGGUAACAGAGUUCCGUUACCGUUGGCUGUGAAUGAGAACAACAUUCACAACAACCCCAAUAAUGGGAAUUUUGGUUCCUAUGAGGCAUUGCCUGCGUUCAGAGAUGUUCCCUCUUCUGAGAAGCCAACUUUGUUCAUCAAGAAACUUAGGAUGUGUUGUGUGGUGUUUGACUUCACUGACCCCGCCAAGCACAUCAAGGAGAAGGAGAUUAAGAGACAGACGUUGGUGGAGCUCUUGGAUUAUGUGACUUCUGCAAAUGCUAAGUUCGUGGAGAAUAUGAUGCAGGAGGUUGUGAAAAUGGUGUCUGCAAAUAUAUUCAGGACACUCAGUCCUCAGCCACGCGAGAAUAAGAUUGUUGAUGGCGUUGACGUGGAGGAUGAGGAGCCUUCGAUGGAUCCUGCUUGGCCUCAUUUGCAGAUUGUGUAUGAGCUUUUUCUGAGGUUCGUGGCAUCUCCUGAGCUGGAUGCGAAGCUGGCCAAGAGAUACAUUGACCAGUCCUUCAUUUUGAAGCUGCUGGAUUUGUUUGACUCUGAGGAUCCGAGGGAGCGUGAGUACUUGAAGAUGACGCUGCACCGCAUCUAUGGCAAAUUCAUGGCACAUCGCCCUUUCAUCAGGAAGGCCAUCAAUAAUGUGUUCUUUAAUUUUAUAUUUGAGACUGAGAAGCACAAUGGGAUUGCUGAGUUCUUGGAGAUUCUUGGGAGCAUCAUUAAUGGUUUUGCACUGCCAUUGAAGGAAGAGCAUAAACUGUUUCUUGUUCGUAUACUGAUUCCAUUGCACAAGCCAAAGUGCUUAGCAAUGUAUCAUCAGCAGUUGUCUUAUUGCAUUACCCAAUUUGUGGAGAAAGACUGCAAGCUUGCUGAUACAAUUAUUAGGGGAUUAUUGAAGUACUGGCCUAUAACAAAUAGUCCUAAGGAGGUUAUGUUCCUGAGUGAGUUGGAAGAAGUCUUAGAAGCAACUCAACCCCCAGAAUUCCAGCGCUGUAUGGUGCCAUUAUUUCGUCGCAUUGCACGUUGUUUGAAUAGCCCUCAUUUUCAGGUGGCAGAAAGAGCCUUGUUCUUGUGGAACAAUGAUCACAUCAUGAACUUGAUCAAACAAAACCGAAAAGUGAUAAUGCCCAUCAUCUUCCCUGCAUUGGAGAGAAAUGCUAGAAGUCAUUGGAACCAAGCUGUCCAUGGUUUGACCUUAAAUGUGCGGAAGAUUUUUAAUGAUGUUGAUGCCGAUCUAUCCAAAGAAUGUUUACAAAAGUUUGAGGAAGAAGAGUCAAAGAAAAGUGAAGUCAUGGCAGGGCGUGAAGCCACUUGGAAACGCUUGGAGGAACUUGCUGCAAAUGGCGAAGCAGUGCUUAUUGGUAAAGCACCACCUCGCAACUCUGCAGGUUAGAUCGAACUGGAAUACUGGGAAUACUGGAAUACAUGUAUUCUGCUCCAAUAGCUUCAUUUUUUUAAACAAAGAUAUUAUUUUUUUUUCUUUUGCAUGUGGUGGGUUGGCUAAGAGGGGCAAUUCCUUGAAAUACUUUCUUAUUCACUUCUUGUAGAAGGCUAUGAUUAGUAGCAAAUAUCUCAUGCAAGGCAACAUCCAAAUCUUAAUUAGUAUAUACUAUAUAGAUACUUUUGUACCCAAGACGCACAUUUGGGCACUUCCCUUUUUAAUGAAUCUCCAAUGAAUUUCAUUUCAA